UGGUUUAUGCUAAAGAUAGAUAAUAUGACAAAUAUGUAGGGCGACCACUGACAUUUGUCAGACUGCUUUAAGCCACAGCUGCAAAUCCUUGAUAUGGGUAAGUACCAGGGGCGGACUGACCAUUUUGAAGCUCAGGCACUGCCCGAGAACCCGGGGUCAGUAGGGGGCCCCAUGAGAUGCCCCUGGUACCUUUUUCAUAGGCUUUUUUGAGUUUGGGCAAGGACACAGGGGCCCCCCUGAUCCCCUAUUGCCUGGGGGCCCCAUGAGUUUGUCAGUCCGCCCCUG